AUUCGAUCGAGCACAGCACAGGACGACCAACUUGGCCUCCAGUCUGUGACUGUCCGGCCAUGUCGUCCUGCAUCCGCCCAGGUGCACCACACCUAGACCCUGCGGCAGCCACAGCUACGUACUCCUCGGCCUUCAAUAUCUAGCUGGUGCGAUCGCGUCGAUCCGCAUACACUGCACCGGGGCCUCCCAGAUCUUCCUCGUCCGUGCUCACUCCCAGCACGAGCCGAGAGCGAUCCAGGUCGAUCAGGCUCCGUAUCCGUCAUCUUGGCCGCUGCGCCAUGAUCAGAUUUGCUUGAUUCCAUCGAAGCCAUUAGAGGCGAGUUGCAGCCGGCAGGGAGUGAGGAGACCGACCCGAUCACUUGGUGUCGGCUGCCGGCGGGCAUGGUGCUGGAGAGGCGGCGGCCGGGUUCCCGCGCGGCCGGAGGCGGAAUGCGCGGCGGCGGGAAGCUGCAGGCGCAAGGCCAGGCGCGGGCGCGGGCGCCGGCGGCGCCCGGGCAGGGGUACUUCACGGCGGGGCUGGCGGGGCUGUUCCUCUGCCUGACCGCGCUGCUGGUGCUCCUGCCGCUGGUGCUGCCCCCGCUGCCACCGCCGCCGCUGCCGCUGCUGCUGGUGCCGGUGGGGCUCAUGGCCGUCCUGCUCGCGCUGGCGCUCGUGCCGUCCUCCGACGGCCGGCGCGCGAGCGGCGCCUCGUCGUGCCUGUACUGAAGAACGCGCAUGGCACGUGUGCGAGGGAGCUCGUGCUCGUACAGUCGUACAUGUAAAAAUGUGGGGGGUUCAUUUUGGUUUUUUCACUCUUUGGUUAAUGGUAGCAAUUUAUUUCCAGCUUUUGUCUUUUGUGCUCGGUACGUAGGAUCCCUCCACUUGUUCAUGCUGACUUGCUGAGGGCCUAAGGAGACAGUUUUCACGCUCCAUGAGUUGUCACCGAAAUUCCCGGUGGAUUGAGAGGAACGGGAAACGGGAAAACAACACUUUGAAUGCA